CGUAUCAAUCGAUCUCUCUCACACUCGCUUGUGAAAUCCCUAAAUCUCCAAAAAAACCCUCUUCUCUUCUCUGUGUCUGAAGACGAAACACAGUUCUUUCGAUCUUUAGCAACUGAGAUUUUUCUGUUUCUUGAUUCUUGAAUCUUGAUUCAAUCCUCCCUCUAAGUAUAAAAACCUUUUUCAAAGAGCCAUGACUUCUCUAUCUCUUCCAAUUUUGUUCUUCUUCAAAUUCCCUCUUCGUCCAAAGAACAAACACCUUCCUUUACAAUUCUUCUUCCCUUUACCAAGAUCACGAGCACAAGAAUGGUGGAGGAACAACAGACUCCGGUCUAUGUAUGGGGCUUCGGUAGCCACAUCUCGGAAUCGGCCUUGUUCGACUUCUUUGAUAAAGAGCGAAAGACAUCUCUAGCGUCUGUAACGCCUCACCGAGAUGCCAUGAACAACUCGCUUCGACGAGCUACUUUGAUUUACAACAGCAAAGUCGAAGCUGAAGUUGUAAGUGUGGUUCGGAAUCUACAAGCCCUCGAUGUUGGAAAAAUACACAUCUCUUUAAAGUCUUUUCCCGAGGAGGCAAUCCCUGCGAGAGUGGUUAGUAAUCAGAUGAUGACGACGACGACGCCAUUAACUGGAACUGGAUUACAAGCUUUUGUGCCCCUACAAAGCUACCCCACGUAUCAAUUGUUCCCAGAUCAAGGACCCCCUAUGUCACAAGGACCCCCUUUGCCAACAUUUCCGAGAAGAGUCUGGGUAGAAAAUAGACGGGAAGAAAUAAGGGAAGGGAUGGAGAGGAAAUCCAUCUGCUAUGUUAGUAACUUUCUAUAUGAAUUGGAAGAAGCUGGCUUAAGAGACAUCUUCCAACAUUGUGGGGAAGUUCAUUUUUGCAAAAUCAGGAGAGAUCCAACGGGAAGGAGUAGAGGCGAUGGUUUUGUUGAGUUUGUAACUCCUGAAGGAGCCUCUGAAGCAAUCAAGUUGGAUGGGACAUUCCAUCAUGGCAGAACAAUAUAUGUCAGCUAUGCCAAAUCAAAGAAGGUAUCUACUUGAAGAGAGUCUCGUGUCCUGAAGUGUGCUUUAGGUGAGAUGAAAUCAGAGAAGUGACAAGAAUGUUGUGAAAACUUGAGGAUGGAGACUUUUAAUUCUCGUUGUAUGUACUAUGUGACUAUUUUUUUCUUAAAAACAUGAUGUGUAAUGUCAAAAACAGGAAAUCCCGUUACACCAAGCAGUUUUUGAAAA